ACUGUCAGCGAGAAUGUCUGCUAAUGAACCAAUUCUGCCACAAGGUGCAGGGUAUGGAGUUGUCGUUGGAAUCGGACUCUUUUUCAGCGCGUUCAUGGUCGUCUUGACCGCUAUUCAGGCGCGCUACACAGGCUUCUCGCCGAAGAGCUCCGAAGAGUUUAACAGCGCGUCUCGAAGCGUCAAGCCUGGGCUCAUUGCGUCGGGCAUUGUUUCUGCCUGGACCUGGGCUGCAACGUUGUUGCAAUCGAGUGCGGUCGCAUACAAAGAUGGGAUCUCUGGGCCGUGGUGGUAUGGUGCCGGUGCAACAGUCCAGGUCCUGCUCUUUGCGCAGCUUGCCGCGAAGCUCAAGUUGAAUGCUCCACAUGCGCACACAUGGCUUGAGAUCGUUGCUGCCAGAUGGGGCACUGUCGCUCACUUCGUCUUCAUGUUCUUCGGCCUGGCCACUAAUAUCAUCGUGUCGUCCAUGCUGAUCCUUGGCGGGUCUGCAACGGUCAAUGCGCUGACUGGCAUGAACACCAUCGCUGCAUGCUUCCUGAUCCCAUUGGGAGUCGCUAUCUACGUGGUCGUUGGUGGUAUGAGAGCGACAUUGCUAUGCGACUACACCCAUACAAGCGUUCUCUUCGCCAUCAUCUUCGUGUUCAUCUUCACGGUCUACGCAACAAGUCCGAAGAUCGGAAGCUUUUCCGCGAUGCACGACCUGCUCGCCAAGGCGUCGGCAGAGCAGCCUGUCGCAGGCAAUGCAGGAGGAUCCUACCUAACCAUCCGCUCCAAAAACGGUCUCAUCUUCGGCGUCAUCAACGUCAUCGGCAAUUUCGCCACUGUCUUCCAGGACCAGGCAUAUUGGCAACGUGCGAUCGCCAGCCGCCCCGCCACAUGCGUGAAGGCAUACCUAUUGGGUGGUCUCGCGUGGUUCGCCAUUCCAUUCAUGUUCUCCACUACCCUCGGUCUCGCUGCUGUCGCUCUCCGCGGGGAUCCCGACAUGCGCAUUCUUUCUGCUGCAGAUGUCUCCGCGGGUCUUCCGGCACCCGCCGCUGCGGCCGCUAUUCUCGGGAAGGGAGGCGCUGCGGCCCUUCUCGUCGUUCUCUUCUUGGCUGUCACCUCCGCAACGUCUGCAGAGCUCAUCGCGGUGUCUUCAAUCCUGACAUAUGAUGUAUACAAGAAAUACUUUAACCCCACGGCUACCGAGGAGCAGAUCCUGAGAGUGUCCCAUGCGAUGGUGGCCCUCUUCGCAAUCGUCAUGGGCUUCCUCGGGCUUAUCUUCUUCUACAUCGGUAUCUCCAUGGGCUGGCUCUACGAAUUCAUGGGUGUCGUUCUCGGAUCCGCAGUGGUCCCCAUAGCCAUGUGCGUAACCUGGAGGAAGGCGAACAAGUGGGGCUGUAUCAUCGGCGCUAUCGCCGGCUUUUGCAUGGGUGUUAUGGCCUGGCUUGUCACGACCUCUGCUCUCAACGGCGGAGAGCUCACCGUCACUACAACUGGUGGCGAUCUAGAGAUGCUGGCUGGCAACCUGGCUUCCAUCGGCGUCGGUGGCAUCGUGACCAUAGUUGUGUCGACGAUCUGGCCAGAAAAUUUCGACUUCGAGGCUACUCGUGCGAUUAACAGGCCCGGGAAUUCCCAGGAGGUCGAGAAGCACCUUGAGCCUUCCCGCGAGGGCUCAGUUGACGAGAAGAAGCGCGAUUCGACUGAGGUGUCAAUCGAACCCAUGUCAGAGGAGGCCGCGGCAGCUGAAGAAGAGAGGGAACUUGACCCCGUCGCUCUGAACAAGGCAUUCCGCCUCGCCGCAUGGGCAUCUGUCGUUCUCACGCUUGUGAUGUUGAUCAUCAUACCCUUCCCGCUGUUCUUCGCCCAAACAGUGUAUGGUGUCGGCGGCCUGACGGCAUGGGUUGUCAUCGGCAUGAUCUGGGCUUUCUGCUCUGCGAUUGCGGUGGUGUUGUACCCGCUAUACGAGAGUCGUCAAGCUCUGUUCAUGAUUACACGUGGUAUCAUCAAGGACAUAUUCGCGAAGGGGAGUGGGGAGUUUGUGCAUUCCGAAAAGCCGCUGAGCGCAUGA